AUGGUGUGCUGUUGUCCGGUGACUACUGCUCUCGUCGUUGGAGUAGUCGGAUAUUUCAUCUACAAAAAGAUUUUCAAAGUCCCCACAAUUAGACCAAAACCAGAGGCCUACAAGAAGGAUUAUAAAAAAGAUGUUGUCUAUUUGUAUCAAUUCAAGAGAACAAGAAAGUGUCCAAAUCUCUCACCGUUCUGUAUGAAGGUUGAAGUGUUCUGCAGAGCGUACAAGAUUCCAUAUGAGGUUUGUGAUGAGAAGCGUCGUUGGUCUAGAAACGGAUCACUCCCAUUCAUUGAGCUCAACGGAGAACAUAUUGCUGACACCGAUCUCAUAGAAACUCGCCUUCGCAAACAUUUCAAUGUUCCAUCCCUGCCUGCCCUUCAAGAAGCCCAAUCAGUUGCCAUCACCAGACUCGCUGAUAACCAUCUUUUCAAUCUUCUCAUCCGUUACAAGAUCCAGGGAGAUGAAUUCUAUAUGGUUCUUGUCAAACUGAUCAAAAUUCCAAACUUCCUUGUCCCAGUGGUGUUACCACUUAUCCGUGGAGUGUUUGGAAGAAAGGUCUAUAAGAAAUCAACAAUGGCAAUCGGAAACUUCGAACAAGAGGAGAUGGAUGAAAUUCUACACAGAGAUCUUCAGACUAUUCAAGAUUACUUGGGAGAUCAGAAGUUCUUAUUCGGAGACAAAGUUACAGCCGCAGAUGCAGCUGUAUUCGGUCAGAUCGCUUCCGUGAUCUAUCCAUUCCGUUGUAAAAUCAAUAACGUCCUCGAGAAAGAUUUCCCUAAAGUUCUGGAGUAUUGCGAGCGAAUCCGCCAGGAGAUCUACCCAGAUGAUUUCACUAUCUAA